GCCGUCUGGAAAGGGAUGCACCUGAGCAAAAGCACUGGAUCCAGCUGUUUACAGAUGGCGGAAGUGAAGUCGAUGUUCCGAGAAGUCCUUCCAAAACAAGGGCAGUUGUCUGUGGAAGAUGUAACCACGAUGGUGCUGUGUAAACCCAAGCUUUUACCCUUAAAAUCUCUGACUCUGGAAAAACUGGAGAAAAUGCAGCAAGCAGCACAGGAUACAGUCCGCCAACAUGAAAUGGCAGAAAAAGGCAACCGGCAAAUAACCCACUAACCACUACCACUUUAAAGGACGCCCCAUUUUAAUCCCUAACUGUUCAGUAACUAGAAACUAUUCUGCAUCUG